AAGGAGACAUGUAUCGUCGUUUUCUUACCGUUCUAAUUUUCUAUCUUUAUAUCUGCGUUAGAUCCCUUCCUGAGAAUAUCCAUCUGCAAAGUUUAGAGAUCCUCCGUGCACCAGAUGUGCUUCUUGUGAGAUUUGAGAACAUAAUGACGACAGACGAGAACGGUGGUCAAAACGAUGUUGUAUGCUUCAAUGUUCGUGAUGUCUUCAACGAAGACAUUGUGGGGAAGAUAGUAGGGGCGCAGGAAGUAUCGCUCACAGCAAAUACCAAGAAGGAAAGAUAUUAUUUGAGUCGAGACGACAAAAAAUUGCCAAAGAGUUGUCCAGCAUCGACCCCAUCCGAACUGCUUGUGGCAUUGGCCCCGAUGGAAAUCGUAACGUUAGAACUUCAGGUCGCUUGAUACCAAGCAUUCACAAAUCUCGUCAGAAUGCCACUCGAGAUGCCAACGAAUCCGACAUCAACAAAUAGAAGUACAGCUUUCAGAUAAACAUUAAAUUUUGUUAUUCUCCGUCAUGCGCUGUGUACGACCGUACAAACAACCUUGUCAAUUCGAAAUGGCUGAGCGCCGGAUGCAAUCUAAUGUAUUUUAUUUAUUGGCUGCGGCCUAUGCAACUAAUUUUUUCACUACUUCCUCACACACUUUCACAAUAGGAAAUGCGCCAAUACUAGGUACGCUGGCCUUCGGAAUGUGUCUGUUACUAUCUCUCGGUCCAGUUUGCAUCCGAUUCCGAAUUACUUCGACGGCAGUCAUAUGCUUUUCCAUAUCAGCCAGAAAAUUUCGAAUCAUCUUUAUCAGCCGAUUCUUCUUGUCACUUUGCGAUAGCUCAGAUUCAAGCUCAUCGGCAUUCAAUUCACCACUAAACCUACCACCGCCAUUGACGAACUGUCUUAGAAUGUGAGUAAUCACUAGUGCUUCUUCGGGGAAGCUCACGCACGAUGCCACCACACCAACAUAUUGCGUAAGUAGCGCCAAGGUUACUUCUAAGACGGCCAGUUUACAAUCCCGGCUAUUCAUCCACGUAGUUGGAAUGACUGCCAACGAGCCCAGUGUUGCCUUCACUAGUUUAGCACUGACAUAACUACUGUUCUUCUCUCGCGAUGACAUAGUCUUGAUGGAAGCACUGCCAUAGCUUACGAGAGGAGCCAAGGCAAACCCGAUCGACACAUGCACACCACUGCUUCCGCCCUUAAUUAACAGCAAAAGUUUCGUUAAAUGCAGUCGGAAUGGCGCUGUUCGAUACGAAUCCGCGACGUCAAUAACGUUCAUGCUAUUGACAAUGACUUGAAUCAAAGGGUAGGCCAAUGGUGCGAGAACGGCCCGUGUCUCAGGUGUCAUAGCAUUGUCUGUGCCUACUAAUGCGUGGGUCCAAAGACUCAGCUGGCCCAAGUGUGCCCACGAAGUCACGCGUGCAAGUGCCUUCCGCUUUUCUUCUUUCGCCCUGUCAUUGGCAGCAAUCACAUCCGCGGUAUUUGCCCAUUCGUCAUGAUCGUCUAUGUUCUGCAUCGCUGAUGACACGGAAAUGGCCAAGUCGCGCAUGUAUACAAAUCCACACGUAUACGCCGAAUUCGGGUCCAUGGCCAUACUCUCUGUGCAACAUUUCAUCAACAUAGCCAUCCUACUUUCUGUGUCGUACAAUUUCACUAACUUCA